AUGACAUCGACCAACAAUGAAUUAACUGUUUCCAUGAUGGGUACAUCGACCAAGGAGGAGGUUGUCUCUAAAGUCGACGAGGAAGACGACGAUAGUAGCAGCGACAGCGAUAUGGAUUACGGUAGCGACAGCGAGUGGGCUGGGUAUAACGUGUUAGCGGAAACUGAACCAGAGUGGGACGUCGACAGCUUUGACGGUCACGAGUUUAAAAUCAAUCCCAGGGUUCGUCAAAUGUACCGCAGCCAGGAACUUUAUGACAAAUACUACAACAACAGGCUCAAGGCUUUCGAGAAUAAGGGUUUUCUUUCUGAUCAUCUGAAUGGAAUCUAUGAUGUUUAUCUAGACGAAAAAAUGGAUGGCUACAACAGUACUAGGGAUUUCAUGGCAGAGCUUGCUAAUGUGUGUGUUAAGAAACACAACGAGACCAAGGGAAAUACUUUGGAAUUGGUAAAUGUUGUGAGAGCUACUGAAAGGGGAGCAGCUACAUGGAGGUUGUACAUCACUUUUAUGGCUCGAGAGUUUCCUGAUGGGCCUCUUGUUGAGUACCAAGCCAAGGUAAUAAAGUUCUUAGGGGUCAAGGAUCCUUUCCCAGUUCUCUGCAGAGCAGCUCCUAAACCAGGAAUCUAA